UUUCUUGCAUUCGGCUGUCAUCCUCUCCUAUGAAGUGUAGAGGGCGAAAACGCGCGCGCACAAACUUAUGACUGAGGUAUAAAAGGUCCAACUAAGUCGGAUUUCGUGGCACUGACGUCCCGCUUCGACCCAACCGCCAUAAACCAUGGCGACGUGGAUUAGCUUAGUGGUGUUGUCCUUGGCGGUGGCUAGCGCCCUGAGUUUUCCUCGUCCAUAUGAGUACAAGAUACCCAAUGUGGGACUAGGCUCUCGGGCCCAGUAUUACGUACUUCAUUCGGAUGGUACUUAUAAAUAUGGAUACGACUCUGGCGAUGGUACCUAUGAACAGUCAAUGGCACAAGCUCCUGGAGAAGUUUCAGGGGCGUUCGGUUACAAAGAUCCUACAGGAGCUAAUAUCAAACUGGAAUACACGGCUGAUGACCGAGGAUUCAUUCCGCAUGGCGUUCAUCUUCCUGCGCAUCCUGAAAAUCAAUUUGGCCUCAGAAUAAAAGAAACACCUCGUUUUGAUAUCCGAGCAGAAAAGCCACACACUAAACAUAAAGCUGUAGAAAGCAACGGUACUUCUAAUGGAGCUGCGACAGUAAAAAGCAAUGCUACGUCUAAUGAUGCUGUACCUCCAGCAAAAGUUCCAGCAGAGCCUGCAGUAAUACAGAGUUCUGUUGGUGGUGAUGGCAGUUACAGCUUUUCCUAUAAAACUGCUAGCAGCUCCCGUUCAGAAUCUGCCGACGCCCAAAAUUCAGUGACUGGACAAUACUCUGUUGUAGGUGAUGAUGGAAUUAGCCAUGGAAUCAGUUACACAGCAGGAUCUGAAACAGGUUAUGUUGCUGAGGGAGACUCACUUCCAAGAGGACCUGUAGUCCCUGGUGCUGAAAGUGGAAUUCCAACUGGAAGGAUUCUUCCAGUUUUCUCAAAAGACGAAGCCAACGGCCUCGUUACGGAUAAUGCUGCCCCUCAGACGUCAAUAAUUUCAUCUGGUGUUGACAACUCUGGUUCUGGUGCUUCUAGAGAAGACCCUGUCACUGCUAAACCUGCAGUACCUUCUGAAGAAACUCAUACUGCACAUGCUACAGAUGCAGCUGGAGAAGACCCUGUCACUGCUAAACCUGCAGUCCCUUCUGAAGAAACUCAUACUGCACAUGCUACAGAUGCAGCUGGAGAAACCCAUGUUGCUGAUGAUAUAGUUCCCAUAGAGGAACUCCGCACAAACUCUGUGAAAGAUAAUACGGUUCCAACAGAAGACUCUCAUAUAAAAAGUUCUGUUCCUGGUAAUGGUGCUUACAGUUUCUCUUAUGAUACGUCAAGCAGCUCUCGGUCUGAAUCAAGUGAUGCCCAUAAUUCUGUUACGGGACACUAUUCUUUUAUUUCUGAAGAUGGAAUUCAUCGAAAUUUUAAUUACACUGCUGGUUCUGAGACUGGUUACAUUGUUGAUGGUGAUGCCUUACCAACUGGUCCUUCUGUACCUGGUGCUGAGAGUGGUAAACCUACAGGACAUAUUCUCCCCGUCCUUUCUGAAGAAGAAGCCAAUGCCCUUGCUUCAGAAACUUCUCACAUUGUCUCACAAGCACCAUUAGCACCAUCUAGUGUGAGCGGUCGAACGUCCUCAAUGACGCAGCGUGCAAGGAAUGCUUCAGACACAAAUUCGGUACAAAAUGGCUCUCCCUCAGAUGCCUCCUACUUCUUCAGAUAUGAUGCUGGAGAUAGUGCUAGAUCUGAAAUUGCUGAUGAAGACUUGAAUAUUAAAGGAAGUUACAGGUUUGAUGUCCCUGGAGGAAAGAGAUACACGGUACACUACAUAGCAGGAACAGACAUUGGUUUUGUCGUAAAUGUUAGUGAAGAAUCUCCACCUCCAGGUGGUAUAAUUCAUUCUGAUUCUGAUGUGCCUCCUGAAAAAGUUGCAUCUACCGCUGAAGAUGUAGUUUCUACUGAAGAAUCUAACGUGCAAAAUGUGACUUCUCGUAACGAUGCAGUUCCAGGAGACGAUGACGAUGAUACUGCAUCCAUUGAAGAGACUGCUAUUCCUGAUGCUAAACUGUCCAAUGAAGAACAUAAUAUAAGCUCUUUUCCUGGUGAUGGCAGUUACAGCUUCUCCUAUCAUACCUCAGACAGCUCACGCUUUGAAUCAGCUGAUGCUAACAAUUCCGUUACUGGGCAAUAUUCAUUCACCGCUGCUGAUGGAACCAAUCAAAAGAUUAACUACACCUCUGGUUCUAAGACUGGUUUUAUCGUUGAAGGCAAUUCUUUACCUGUUGGUCCCCCAGUUCCUGGUGCAGAGAACGGUGUUCCUACUGGACGCACUCAUCCUAUUCCCUCCGAGGAGGAGUCUAAUGCCCUUGGAAGUGCUGGUGACACUGAUCCUAUACUAAAAUCAAAAGAAACCCCCAAUGCAGUGGAAAAGGCUGAUCCAAAUGGAAACAUAGCUGACUAUUAUACUUCAGUGGAUCAAAAUGGAACUGAACACACCAUAAUUCACCUAGCAGGCCAAGAUACUAACUUCAUUCCUAGAGGAAAUCUCAGUCCAAACCAUAAAACAACUGCUGCUGGUGCAUCCACUGUUCUAGGACAGGUCCACUCAGGCACACUGGUUCAAUCUGCUCCCUCAACUGGAGAAAGUCAGUCAAAUGGUGGCAGCAGCGUUGCUCCUCCACCCGAACAUCCAAAGUCAUCACCUCCAGCUCCUAGAGAACCUUUGUCGGAAGGUCACUCCAGUCGUAUUGUUGGUGAUGUCCUCCUCCAUCAAUAUGACCCAUCAAACAGAGACAAAUAUGGCUACGUAUUCACUGCUGUUAACUGAUAUGCGCAAAGCACCCAGGUACCUACCUACCCACGACAUUCGAGAGGGAAAAUACUGCAAACACAAGAUGACGAAGAUUUUGAUGUCUUUUCACAAGUUUGUUCAAGCCUGGAUUCUAUAUUUUUUACAAAGAAAUUAUAUAAAAAAUAAAUUUACAUAUUUUUAAUCCCAGAGAAUCAAAGCAAGCUAAGGAUAUAAAAAGGAAAACGACCUAGAAAACCUGGACAAACAGAUUCCCUUUGCAAAUACUUAGCAGUAAGAUUGAUCUAUCACAGCUGUAAAGAUGACAAAAAGAAUGUCAGCGAGCAACCAAAAAGAAAAAAAGGAAAAUACGAAAAAAAUAACAAAACUAUCUGAUGACGUUUCAUUUGAAUAAAAGGAAAAUGCAAAA